UGACAAUUCUUCCCAAACCGCCCAAUAACAAUAAAAUCAAUAAAACGCCAAUAGUUAUCAUCAUCACUGCGCGCGAGCGUUCGCACACACACACACACAAAUACAUCCCAAUACCCACAGAUUACUUCAUUUUCUUUUAUUUUCUCAAUUUUUCACCUACUCCAAAACUAUGAGUUCCUACAAUCAUUAUCAUCAUCAUCAAAUUUCCCACCAACAACAACAAGAAAAUCAGCAAAAAUGCUCGGAAAAUGGUGGAAAUUCCAGUGAAAAUGUACUCCGUCAGCUGAUUUUUGUGUCGAUUGAGAAUAAGAUGGAGGAGGAGAAGUCGGGUGUUCCGGCUGUGAAUUAUGCGAAGAAAGAGCCCGGAAUGACGAAAGAUCAGCACAUUAUUCGUGUGAGGGAUAGUGUUGAGGCAAUGCUUCAUUCAAUUGAGGAACGCUUAACUGGCAGAAAAUUAUGAGCUCACAAUCAGUCAGAAUCGUCGUGUCAACAAAGAAAAAUUGGCUUUAAAUAUCACUUUUCACGUGUAUUUCUCUUCUUUUUCCACCGUUUUUUUUUGUUGUAUAUUUGAAAUUUUCAAUGUGUCGUUUUUUUUUUGCCUGAAACUUUCGUUCAAUAAAAUUCAGAAGCAUCAAA